AUGUCGCUAAGUCAAUCGUCGGAUAAUGAAGAUGCUGGCAAUACAAGCUUCACUGGAAAUGAGGUUAUUAUUACACCUUCUCAAAGUACAAAAGAUUUAGAAAACAUGUCACUUGAACAAUUGAAUGAAUAUCAAAGCAAAAUAUCUCGCGAGUUCAAACUGCUCUCCAAGGAGUAUCUCAAGAAACGGCUUUCUCGAGUGAAUGUCAUGUUGGAAAAGCUAAACAGUCUGAUCAAAUUAGCUAGCGCUAAUGACAAGAGUUGGCUAAAGAUUUACAACUUUGAGAUCGAAACUAUCAAUAACAUAAUGACCAACACCGAAGAUUUGAUAAUGGUGAAAAACAAGACCAUUCCCAACAAACCAGACUUGUUAAAACUGAUGGAUGAAUACGAGGAGGAGUUGCAGGAAAUAUUCACCAAUUUGCAAAGUCCGUUUGAUUUUGACGAUACUUUCAAGUACGAUAAUGGCGAAAUAGCAAACCAGUUGAAUAAUUCGCAUUCUCAGUUAAGUAGAUUGCCGUUCCCAUACUUGUUUAAUCAAAGUUUCAAACCACAUAGAGACGAGCUACGGAGUAUAAGUUUAGAGAAGGACUAUCAACUGCAGUUAAUCCGGAAUAAUUGUCAGAACAACUCCACAAUUGCAUGGAACCAAUAUUAUACCAAAUUGAAUCAGCACAAGAAUAGACUACUCACUGAAACACAGCUGCAGUUGAACCAAUUGUACAAGGAUUAUCACCACUUGAACGACUCAAGAAAUGAGGAGUUACAAGAUCGAUAUUAUUUCCGAAGCUUGAUUUCACCGCAGUAUUUACUGGAUACGAUAAAUGACUCCAUCAACAUCACAAACACCAAUGAUUUGGACGCUAUAAUGAAAACAAACCAUGAUUCAAAUUACGUUGAGUUGGAUACGCGAUUAAAACCCAAAAACAAGAUUGAAUUGUCAAUGGUACGAGAAGAGGAUAAAAGGAGAGACAAUUUGGUUGCGUCGACGCAUACGGCAAUCAAGCGAAGGUAUUCAGCAAUUUGCAAACCCCGCGAGGAUACAGCUGUUGCGACUGAGUACACCAAAAGUCAAUCACAACUUGAGGAUGAUGUACAACUAAUAAGAAAUAAGAUACGUCGUCAGAAUGAGGACCGGAGACCUGGAUCAACAGCCGGUGAAGAUGACAGUUUGAAUGGUCUUUCGCUACGGGGUACUCCACAGGUUGAAAAGGAGGGAGAUAAACAGGAUGAAAUUGAUAAAGCUAGCAAAAUUGAUUAUGGUGACGACAGAGCUGACGAUGAAUACGAAGAAGUGGUGGAAGAGUAUGACGUGGAAGAAGACAUGACCCCGGCCCAACUUGAAGAGCGCAAGAUUUAUAAACAUGUCUUGAACCAGAACAAUUCAGCCUUGUCCACCUUUAAGAUGUUGAAACUACCCCCAAUGGAAAACUUUCCAAGGCUAUAA